CUUCAUCUGUCCAGUCAAGCCGCAUUCGUAAUUUUCAACCUCCACCGUCCUCACACGUGUCCCUUUCCUUCAUUCCUUCCCACACACGUUACCUUUAUUUAUCCCUUCUCCCCACCCUUAUAUAUAUCUCUCUCCCAAACUAUCCAUUUCCCCUUCCUUCUAAAUGACCAACCAUCUACCACCCCAUGGCAAAAGCGACCACCAAGACCAAUUAUAACCUAACGCCGGCGACUACCCUCGCCCGGCAAAACCUCCGAUCGUUUCUUCACUACUCCGAUCCCGCCAUUCUAGACGACCACCACGAAAGCAGCGGCGACACCUCGCCCCUCUACAGCAGCAGCAGCAGCACCACCGCUCCCUCCUCCCCAUGGAGCGAACUCGCAUCUCCCUACACGAAAUCCCCCUGGCUUCACCUCCCGCCGGCACCUUGCUCCGGCGGGACCUUCCGCCACGUGGCAACCCUCGUCCGGGACGAGGGACACGUGUACUCGCUCGCGGCUUGCGGAGAUCUCGUGUACACGGGUUCAGAUAGUAGGAAUAUCCGGGUUUGGGACGGCGGGUUCCGCGAGGUUUCCGGGUUCAAGUCCAAAAGCGGUUUCGUCAAAGCCAUUGUUGUGUUGGAAGGAGUGGUUUUCACGGGUCACCACGACGGGAAAAUCCGGGUCUGGAGAAGUUCCGGGCGGACCGGUAGUCACUACCGCCGGGUUGGUAGUUUACCGACCGUGACUCAGUAUUUGAAGAAUUCCAUCAACCCGAAGGCUUACGUGGCGGUCAGGAGACGCCGGAGCGUACCGUGGGUCAGGCAUUACGACGCCGUUUCGUGCAUGAGCGUGGAUUUGAGCCGGGGUUUACUGUACUCCGGUUCAUGGGACAAGACGAUAAAGGUGUGGCGGCUAAAGGACUGGAAGUGCGUUGAAUCGAUCGAUGCCCAUAACGACGCCGUUAACUCCGUCGCCGUCGGAUUUGACGGUUUUGUUUUCAGCGGGUCCGCCGACGGGACGGUGAAAGCAUGGCGGCGGGAACUGGUGGGGACUGCGGCGAGGCAUGUGGCGGUGGAGACGCUGUUGGAUCAGGAGAGCGCGGUGACGUCACUGGCGGUCAGCUCCGACGCGGUGUACGCCGGGUCAUCCGACGGGCUAGUCAGGUUCUGGUGGCGGCGGCGGGAAGAUGAAUUCUUGGAGUACGGCGGCGCGCUCAGGGGGCACAGGCUCGCCGUGCUCUGCCUGGCCGCCGGCGCGGGGGGUCUGGUGGUGAGCGGCUCGGCGGACAAGAGCAUCUGCGUGUGGAGGAGGAGCGAGUUCGGUGGGGUCCACGUUUGCGUCACCGUGCUGACGGGGCACGACGGGCCGGUGAAGUGCUUGGCCGCCGUGGAGGAGGGGGGAGGGCGGUGGAGAGUGUACAGUGGGAGUUUGGACAGGUCGGUGAGAGUGUGGGUUCUGACGGAGAAUUCCCCGGAACGGUGAGCGGGACGCGCCGUGGAGGUUUCAUGACGCGUCUUUGACCGCACGCGCCGGUUUCAAUUGCAAAGAAAACGGGGCGGAAGUUACGAUGCCAGCUAGCAACGAAACGUUUUGACUUUUGUAAAUAGGGAGUUGCGUAAUUCUCAAUGCAGCAGAUCCGAAAACGGACUUUUCAAUUGUUUCAUUUUUUCUUUCUUUGGCCAGACAUUUCUUCGCAAUAUGCUUACAGAAUUUUUUUUGGCUGAGUAUUGAUAAAAGAAAAAGUUUAAUUCUUA